AUGGCUGUCGCCGCGCCCGCGGAGCAGCAGCAGGAGCAGCAGCAACAGCAGCAGCAACACGAAGAGCAGCAGCAGCAGCAGCAGCAAGUCGGCAACCAUGAAACUGCCCCUCGACGAUGGACUACCCGCUGGCGCCGGCAGGCCAAUGGGCCCCGGCAGCAGCCGAAGCAGAAGCAGCAGCAGCAACAGGAGCAGCAGCAUGAGCAGCAACAAGAGCAGCAGCAGCAACAAGCGCACCAGCCGCAGCAGGAGCAGCAACAGCAGCAAGAGCAGGACCACCAGCCGCAGCAAGAUCAUCAGCAGCAACAUGAACAGGAGCAGCAGCAAGAACAGCGGCAAGAACAGCAGCAGCAACAGCAGAUGCAGCGACAGCAACAGCAGAAAACAGCUCCUACAACUCCUGAGGAAGCAUUAGCCUUUCUUGCUGCUGCUGCAGCUCAAUCGCAGCAGCGGCAACAGCGGUCGUUGCUGCUGCAGCAGUGUCAGCAGCAGCUGCUGCAGAGCGUGCAGCGCCACGGCGGCUGCAGCAGCAGCAGCAGCAGCAACCAGCUGCCUCAGCAGCUCCCAUUUGCUGUGGUGUAUACGGCUUCUUGCUGCCGCAGCAAACCGGAAAGGGAAGCAGCAGACAACUGCUGCCGCUGCGGUUGCUGCAGCAGCGGCUGCACCAACAGCAACAGCACGAGGAAGGGCUACGAGGUUGGCGUUGCUCUUGGGGGCCUCUGCCGCAUUUUCUGUCUUCAAUUUGCUGCUCUAGGCCCCUCCAAAGUUGAGGUUUGGCUUCCUGCAGAUCCGGGGCGGUCAGACACAGCAGCAGCAGCAGCAGCAGCACCGGGGAGCAAAGCAGCAGCAGGAGCAACAGGAGGCGCAGCAGCAGACACAGCAGCAGGCGCAGCAGCAGACGCAGCAGCAGGCGCAGCGGGAGCAGGAUCAGCAGCAGCUUUACCAGACGAAAGCUGCGGCGUAUGCUGUCGCUGCUGCUUCUGCCCUCCUCCGCCUGCACCUGCUGCUGCUGCUGCUGCUGCAGUUGGUGCAGCAUAUUUGGGGUGUACGUACACCAGAGCGGGCUUUGUACGUCUGCAGCAGCCGAUGGAGCUAAAAUGUGUGCGGCUGCCUCAGCACACGCAUUCUAAUUUUAUUAAAAUCGUUUGCUUCACAGCAGCAGCAGCAAACGACAUCAGCCCCCACGCUGUGGCUAAGCUACAGCAUGACACUGCUGAGAUAUUUAGCCGUUUGCUGUCGUUGAUACGAGAGAAGGCAGCAGCAGCACAGGCAGCAGCUGCUAAAGCACCAGCAGCAGCAGCAGCAGCACCGUUUGCAGCAGCAGCCGCAGCGUUUGCAGCAGCGACAGCAGCAGCAGCAGCAGCAGCAGCAGCAGUGUUAGAAUGCAUGUGCGAUGCAGACGCUGAUGCGCUCAUUGAGAGUUGGGGGAUCGCCUGCCCCUGGAGCUGCCUGCCCGGGCAUCAGAGCGCUGCUGCAGCAGCAGCAGCUGGGCUUGUUUGCGAAAUGUUUGUGUUUGCUGCUGUGCUGCAGCAGCAGCGCCAGUCGCAGCAGCAGCAGCAGCAGGUGUGGGGAGGGGGAGCGUUGCCUCCUGGGGGCGGCCGCCGCAUCAGUGCCUUCUUGCUGCAGCAGCUGCUGCUGCUGCAGCAGGCGAAGCAGCAGCGAGCGCAUGCAGAGUUAUUUAACAGCGCAGCGAGAAUACACCAAGCCCUGAAUAAAGUGCUGCAGGCUCUGCCGAAGGUGCAGGUCUUAGAAGCUAAAAAGGAAGCUGCGGUGGCUCGAGACGACUUUGCUGCUGCUGCUGCAGCGCAGCAGCAGCUGCAAAGCAUAGCUUCUUUGCUGCGUCGUUCUGUUGCUGCUGCGCUGCUGCUGCAGGGAGACAAAGACCCUCUAAACCCUUCCGAUGAAGAGCUCUCCGAGGCGGAGCUGCUUCGCUGCCUAAACCAGCGACUCCCAUCGUUUGACACGGACGAUCAGACUGACGAGCGCAAAGAGAAACCACAGGACGCCCCAGUGCCCAGCCGAGCAGCAGCAGCAGCAACAGCAGCAGCAGCAGCAGCAGCAGGGUCUGCAUUCGACUCGGGCGAUCUAGCUCCUUUGUUAGCCUUUUGGGAGCCAAGCACUUUGGAGUGUAUCUGCAGCAAAUCCUCAGAUAAAAGGGCUGAGGGGUUUGCUGCUCUGCUGCAGCGGCUGCAGCAAGAAGAAGAGCUGCGGCAACAGCACCAGCGUAAGCCCCUGCAGCAGCAGCAGCAGCAGAAGCAGCAGCAGCAGCAGCAGCAGCAGAUAGGUCCUGCGCCCCCGAGGCCUGCUGCAGCUGCUGCCCAGGCAGCUGCUGCUGCAUUUGCAUGUCUUAGAGACCCGUGCCACGGCACCUUUUGCGCUGCUGCUGCUGCUGCUGUUGCUGCUGCUGCUGCUGCUGCUGCUGAUGCUGAUGCUGCUGCUGCUGCUGCUGCUGCUGUUGCUGCUGAUGCUGCCGCUGCUACUGCUGCUGCUGCAAAAUAUGGUGCUGCUAAUAAGCGCAGAGAUAUUGACAGCUCUGACGGAUCAACCGGCAGUUCCUACCGCAUAUUUUCACAGCCCGGCGUUUAUGGAGGUGCUUGA